UAAAAUUUUUAUGAACUUAAAACUAAGUUUUGAUAUAUUUUCGUGAUAGCUUUGUUUCAAAUUUGAAAGCAUAAAAUUGGUAUGUCAAGUUAAAACUAUUAGAUCAUUGCAAUAGGAAAAGGAAAUGUUGGAAAAUGGGGGGUUGAAGGUUGAAGGUUGAAGGUUGAAGGGUGUUCCAAUGCCAGAUUUGUUGACGCCAGAUUUAGUUUAGGCCAGAGUUUGUGGCGCUGAUGAUUGGCCACCGAGAAAAUCUCCAAAGAUGAAGAAGGGAAAAUGGUGGAAUUCAAUGGCAGAGAGCUGAAUCAGAACCGAUGAAUGCUGGUUUUAUAUGGUGAGACAAUUUCUUGUGGUAGAUCUUCUCUUUGGUUUUACUAUCAAUACAUUUUCUCUUAAUUUCUCAUUUAAACAAUUGAUUCGGCCCCUCCGACCAUUCCAACUCCUAAUAUAGUAGCCAUUAUCGGUCGGUCUGAGGCCCUGAAUCUCAGUUUUGAUACAUAUUGUAACCCAAUUGACGUUAAUCUGCUCUACCAUGGAUCGCCUCAAUAAGGGUGAUAAGCAAUCAGAAUUUUUCACAGAGUAUGGAGAAGCAAGCCGAUACCAAAUUCAAGAAGUUAUUGGGAAAGGAAGCUACGGAAUUGUUGGUUCUGCCGUUGACACCCAGACUGGUGAAAGAGUUGCCAUCAAGAAAAUUAAUGAUGUGUUUGAGCAUGUAUCUGAUGCCAUACGCAUCCUCAGAGAAAUUAAGCUUCUCCGGAUGCUUCAUCAUCCAAAUAUUGUAGAGAUAAAGCAUAUUAUGCUUCCUCCCUCACAACGAGAAUUCAAAGAUAUAUAUCUUGUUUUUGAGUUGAUGAAGUCUGAUCUUCACCAUGUAAUUAAGACAAAUAAUGAUCUUUCUCCCCGGCAGCAUAAAUUUUUCCUGUACCAGCUUCUUAGUGGCCUAAAAUAUAUUCAUACUGCAAAUGUCCUUCAUCGAGAUUUGAAGCCAAAAAACAUACUUGCUAAUGCGGACUGCAGACUCAAGAUAUGUGAUUUUGGACUUGCUCGUGUAUCUUUUAGUGAUGCACCAUCUACUAUUUUCUGGACAGAUUAUGUUGCAACUCGAUGGUAUCGUGCUCCUGAACUAUGUGGAUCAUUUUUCUCGAGAUAUACCCCUGCUAUAGAUAUAUGGAGUAUCGGAUGCAUAUUUGCAGAAAUGCUGACAGGGAGACCUUUGUUUCCUGGAAAAAAUGUGGUUCACCAAUUAGAUCUAAUCACCGAUCUGUUUGGCUCUCCGGAACCUGAGGCCAUAGCAAAGAUUCGUAAUGAGAAGGCGAGAAGGUAUCUCGGAAACAUGCGUAAAAAACAACCAGUUCCAUUCUCACGAAAGUUUCCUAAUGUUGACCCAAUGGCACUUUGUUUACUGGAACGUCUCCUAGCAUUUGAUCCCAAAUGUCGUCUAACAGCUGCAGAGGCCCUUGCUGAUCCUUACUUCAACGGCAUGGCGAAACCAGAACUUGAACCUUCUAUUCAACCAAUUUCAAAACUUGAGUUUGAGUUUGAAAGGAGGAAGUUAUCCAAAGAUGAUGUUAGAGAGUUGAUUUAUGCAGAGAUUUUAGAGUAUCAUCCCCAGUUGCGUCAGGGUUGUCUACGUGGUGGAGAUCAUCCAACUACCUUCAUGUAUCCAAGUGGGGUCGAUCGAUUUAAGCUUCAGUUUGCACAUCUGGAAGAGCACCACGGUAAAGGUGAAAGAAGAAGUCCACUUCAAAGGCAGAACAUUUCUUUACCUCGGGAGCGGGUUAGUCCCACCGAGCAGAACAACACUGAGAAUAACAUCGAUUCCGAAAGAGGGAAAGAUAAUUGUGCUCAUCUCUUGAAAAGUGCAAGUAUCAGUGCAUCGAGAUGUGUUGGAGUAAUACCAAAGGAGAAGUCUGAGGUGGAAGAAACUGAAGUGAAAAAUGAAGCAGUGGAUGGCUUGUCUAAAAAGAUUGCUGUCCUUCAAACUUAAAGUUGAUAUAUUUAGCUACUGAAGACAGGAGGCAGAAGGUUUUGAUCUGACCACAUUUUUCCUGGAAAACAGAUGGUUGAUUGGACGAAUUUCACUUGUCCCUCAUCUUUAAUAAAUAUAGAGCAGACAUACCCUCCUCUUGUAUAUAAUCUCUUAUAUUUUUGUAAAGCUAACCUUGUAGUUUGUGCAUACCACACAUUUACACAAAUAAAGGUAUAUUUGCACCGUAGUAUUGUGUGGUAAAAAUUUCAUAACAAAGCAUAUGAUUAUAAGUUGUCUCUGGUUUUGUAUCCUUAGAGUAACUACUGUUGUUUCAACUCAACAGAGUAAAUCGUGUAAAAUUAUAUGUUCAAUCCAAUUAGAACUACUUUUUGAUUAGUUUGGCAA